AUGCAGCGGAGAAAGACCUCGGAUGAUCUGCACAGCAGCCUGGUAGAGCAGGAGCAGAGCAGCAGAGGGGUCUACUACGGCAGCAUGAACAAGGAGUCCAGCGAAAUCACCAAGCUCAACAACUCAUCCCUGGACAAGCAGAGCACUGACAACGUCUUCAGUGAUGGUCACACCAGGAUAGACUUUGUCCUUGUGUGGGAAACGGUUCCCCGGGAACUCACGAAGCUGAAGGAGAGCAGUGACAACAAGGGUGUCCGGGAGAGAUCGGCCCUUAUCCACAGGACCUGGCGCAAGAGGUUCCUGGACAAGCUUCUUGAUACUGGCAUCCACAUGGAAAAGCACGUGAGCCGCAUGGAGAAGAAGGUGGUGCAUUACCUGCUGCUGAGCGCUCCCUGGAGCGUGCUCUGCUACUACGCCGAGGAGCUGCAGCUCCGCCUGCCGCUGCAGGCCCUGCCCAACCAGGCCUCCAACUGGUCAGCCAGAGUGCUGGGCAAGCUGGGGAUCCGCAACGUGAUGGCCGAGGAGGUUCCCAACUUGCCCCUCGACCACUACACCUGCCAGUUCAAGGUGAACAAGCUGCAAUGGUUCCUAGGGAGUGACAAACAGGACACCUUCUUCUCCACCACCCAGCGGCAUCAAAUCCUCUACGAGAUUCUGGCGACGACGCAGUACGGCCGCUCCAAGGAGAGGGAGGUCGGCGUGGACUGGCUGCUGAGCGAGAACGUCUUCAGUGCCGCCUUCCCGCUGCACGACGGUCCUUUCAAGCUCCCAUUGGAGGAAUCAGCUCCCAACAGCCUCAACCAGCGCCAAAUCCUCUUCCAGUACUGGGCCAACUGGAGGAAGUGGUACAAGUACCAGCCCCUGGAUCACAUCCGCAAGUACUUUGGAGAGAAGGUGGCUUUCUACUUCGCUUGGCUGGGUUUCUACACGGGGUGGCUCCUGCCUGCAGCAGUUGUGGGGACCUUGGUGUUCGUAGCGGGCAUCUUCCUCAUGUUUAAUGACGUGCCUGCGCAGGAGGUCUGUGAAAGCAAAGAGCAGUACAGGAUGUGUCCCCUCUGCAAGUCCUGUCCCUACUGGCAGCUCUCCAGCAUCUGCACAACGUUUAUGGCAGGGCGCCUCUUUGACCAUGGCGGGACCAUCUUCUUCAGCAUGUUCAUGUCGCUGUGGGCGGUGAUGUUCCUGGAGCACUGGAAGCGGAUGAACGCUUCCCUGGCGCACCGCUGGGACUGCUCUGACUUCGAGGACAUCGAGGAGCGGCCACGACCCCAGUUCACUGCCACGGCCCCCAUGACGAUAAUAAACCCCAUUACCGGCACAGAGGAGCCCUAUUUCCCCAAGCGCAACCGCCACCAACGGAUUUUGGCUGGGUCCAUGGUUGUUAUAAUGAUGAUUGCCAUCGUGGUGAUGUUUGUGGUCUCUGUUAUCCUGUACCGGGUGGUAGUUGCCAUCCUGCUCGCCAGCUCCGGGUACUUCCGCUUCGUGGCCUCGGCAUCUCGUAUUGCCAGUGUCACGGGCUCAGUGGUGAAUCUGUUCUUCAUCCUCAUCCUUUCCAAGAUCUACAUUUCCCUGGCUCAUUUCCUCACCAAGUGGGAGAUGCACCGCACACAGACCAAGUACGAGGACGCCUUCAUCUUCAAGGUGUUCGUCUUCCAGUUCGUCAACUUCUACUCCUCUCCUUUCUACGUCGCCUUCUUCAAGGGCAAGUUUGUCGGCUACCCCGGGAACUACGUGAACUUUCUGGGCGUCCGCAACGAGGAGUGCAGCCCGGGCGGGUGCCUCAUCGAGCUCGCGCAGGAGCUGCUUGUCAUCAUGGUGGGGAAGCAGAUCAUCAACAACAUGCAGGAGGUGGUCAUCCCGAAGCUGAAGUGUUGGUGGCAGAAACACAGGUUCGACUCCAGCAAGAAGGCAGCCAAGGACGGGGAAUCGGUACAGGCGGAGAAGGCGCCCUGGGAGGAGAACUACCAACUGCUGGUGUUCGAGGGGCUCUUUGAUGAGUACCUGGAGAUGGUCAUGCAGUUUGGCUUCAUCACCAUCUUCGUGGCAGCCUGUCCCCUGGCGCCCCUUUUCGCCCUGCUCAACAACUGGGUGGAGAUCCGCGUGGACGCGCAGAAGUUGGUCUGCGACUACCGGCGGCCUGUGGCUGAGCGGGCGCAGGGCAUUGGCAUCUGGUUCUACAUCCUCGAGGUCAUCGCCCACCUGGCUGUCAUCAGCAACGCCUUCCUCAUUGCCUUCACUUCUGACUUCCUGCCCCGCACCUACUACAAGCACAUCUACGACAGCAGCCUGCGCGGCUACGUGAACUUCUCCUUGGCGCACGCGCCGUGGGAGUUUGUGCAGCACAACAACACCAUGUGCAGGUACCGGGCAUUUAGAGACCCCGAUGGCAACUUCUCAUCGACUUACUGGCAGCUGCUCGCCAUUCGCCUGGCCUUCAUCAUCGCCUUUGAGCACGUGGUUUUCUUUAUCGCGCGUUUAAUUGAGUUGCUGGUACCCGACAUCCCCGAGUCAGUGGAGAUCAAGGUGAAGCGGGAGCGGUACCUGGCCAAGGAAGCUCUGGCUGAGAACAAGCUCCUCAGUGAGGGGCUGAGCAACCAGACAGCCCAUAAGGAGCUAGAGCUGAAACUUGACUAG